AUGUCGGCGAGUUCAAUCUAUCGGCGAAGGUCAUCUACUUCAGUUCUCGCAUUUGACUCUCGAGACGGUGACUGCGAAUUGCUGCGGCGGGCAGCGGCGUGUUUGAAUUUGGACACGGGUAUCUUCUUUCUUGAUUUCGAAUUCGAAGGUAUCAGUAACGGGGGUUUCUCUGUGGAUGAUGAUACUGAUGAAAAUGUUGAUACUAGUGAAGCUGUUGAUGAAGAUGAAGAUAUGCUGGAUGCCCUUGAUCUUGAGGAAGGCACACCUAGAAGGCACAAGUAA